ACUGCGUUUCUGCAAUACCCACAACGGUCUACUAAGUGAUGGCAUCAAAGGUACCUUCAACGUCGGCAUCUGCCAUACGAGCAGUGCCUAUCCACAGACGAGCUGCUGGCUCUGUACGAUGGUACGCGUCUGCUGCCUCACCCGCCGGCAAGUCUACCCCAGCUUCCAGCAAAAAGAAGGAGGACAAGUACGCCGAUUCACCAUGGAAAAAGCCCCUCGCCUCGACACAGACGCUGUCCCUCUUUAGUACAUCUCCUAAAGCGCUCCUCUUUGCCCUUGAACAGUCCUUGCGUGGAGCUCUGGGCGCUCUGCUCCGCUCAGAUCCACAAGGCGGCCACAGCACCGAUCCGCGGGACUACCUCCUCAUCUUUGCUGUGGAUAAGAGUCUUCCCAAAGACGUCCUCGCAGAGACCAUCAGGCUCAUGAGAGAUGUCCCGAUUGCUCACGUGGGCGUACUGAGCCACCCUGUUCCUGGUACACUGCUACCCGCCUCCGCCGUGUCGGAUCAACCACAAGCCUCCUCUUCUUCUUCACUCUCGCCGCCGGAAAGCUACCAUUCCGUCUCCCUCUCCCUCUUGCCCAGCACCCUCGUCAGACCCUUCUACUCUCAAAUCAAGGGAAUUGCACCCGUACAAGCAGGAAGGUGGGCCACGGGCAAGGCCAGCUUCGAUGAGACUCAAAGCCGCAUGGAGAGCCUCGAUGCAGAUCUCGACGGAAGGCAGGGCGGAGACUGGAAGAAUGUCUGGGGGAGGGAGAAUGCAGAGGGGAAGCUACCGGAGGAGUUUGAUGAUCUCAAGUCUUCUUCCCACUUGCUUACACUAAUACUGGGAAGCGAUGUCUCCCCGCAGGGACUUCUCGAGGGUCUUGACUCCCGGUUCCCCGCUUCGCCCCUCCUUGGUUCUUUUGCUUCGAACACCUUCUUCGAGACUGGCGGCAGGGAAGCGACUCUCUUCCAUCGCGGUCCCUCGAGCGUACCUCGAGAAGCGGAAGCGUCGACUGGUCAGGUCAAGGCAGAGGAGGGCAAGAUUCACGAGAAGGGCGCCGUCGGACUCUUCUUCCGGACGCCAGGCGGACAAGAUGUGCCAGUGCAGGAUGGACAGGCUCGACCUAGGGUGGACGUUGAAGUGCCAUGGAGGUCUUUCAAGCCGCUGGGAGCUCGUCGGCGCGUGACGAGGGCGAAAGGCAACAUCGUCUCGGAGCUGGCAGGCGCCAAUGCCUGUCAACAAUUCUUGAGGGAUGUGGCGGCAAGAGACAAGAAGCCUCUGCCUGUCAAGGAAGAAGACUUGAGUAUGGAAGCAAAGGCCCGUGGGAUGGACAAGGAUGAGCAGAGGUUGCUGAGCAAGGGUGUGGGCAAAGAGGAGGACUUCUGGGCUGUUUUGUGGGAACAGCAGGAUCAGCCUGCGGGUGAUAUCAGCCAAGAGCACCCUCUGCUGGUGUCUCGCAUCCUCUCUGGCCACCCAUCGAGAGGGACGAUCUCCCUCGGAACAGACUUGGAGCUGUCCGUGGAAGGAGUUUCAACAGACCCGCUCGACGUACUCGGUGCUGCUACCACUGAGUCUUUGCCUUCCGCAUCGUCCUCCCCCUCGGGCGGAGACAAGGAGUUCUACCUUCAGUUCUUCCAGAAGAUGCCUGACGAGCCAAAACUCACUCCACAAAAAUGGGAAGAAACGGCUCUCACCAUUCCGGGUAAGGACCUAGCGGCAUGGCGUCUGCCGCGCUUCCUCUUCCUGAAUGCUCCUGCCAAUAGCACCGGCAGUAGUCAGGCAACUGGCGCUGCUUCGCAAGCCUCUGCAUCGCCUUCGACAGCGAGCAGCGGCGCUGGUGGCGCGACGAACAAGACGCAGGUGCACGCUCUGCCCAAUUUGUUCGUCCUGGCAUCCGAAGGCGGAAUCAUCUCGCGCGACCCUUCUCUUUUCGCUGCCAACAAGGCAGGAAGCAGUGCUGAUGCCGCUACGAGCGCGGCAAAGGGAGCUGUUGAGGGUUUGAAGACGCGCAGUCGUACGUGGAAGAUGGAUGGAGCGAGAGGAUGGGCGGAUCUUAGAGGUCGGACGGCGUAGGGGGUGUACUGAAGGAGUUCUUUGGGGAUUGCGACACAUCAUACCAAUAGACCAGUCACAGCAGAGACGUAUUGCACACUGCGAUC